CCACCACAAACCGUUAUCCGCUCCUCCCCCAAACAUCGCCAGCCGCUCCACCUCCUCCACUUCCUCCUCCUCCUACUCCGCCCUUAUUCGCUCCAAACUCGCCCUCUCGCUUUCGCCUGUAAUCAUCUUGCUGCCAGCGGCACCUCGCUCCAUCUCAUGCGCUGCUUCCUCGCCCACAUACCUCCUCCUGUGCCCGCCCUAUCCACCACCGAUGAGCCAUGGAGGGCUUCGAUACUCUCACCAUGUCCUACUUGGCGGCCCCAAUGUCACUUCAGAACGUAACGGGCCCUGACCAACAGCUACCCGUCGGUUUCGGUCCCCUCGACCAGCUCGAUCAGCGCUCAAACUACGACGCAGAGACCUUUGCUGGUAGUGAGGAUGCCACCUACGGGCAACACUCCAUUGCCCAUCCGCCGUUGAAACGCUUCUCCAGUGCCUACGAUGACCCAUUCUCCGAUGUUCUGAGCGGCUAUGACCCCUCGGUACACCCUGAACAGAAUGGACAGGCACCCGAAAGUCCAAACAUUGACCGCGACAACAAGCUCCUAAGCUUCUCCCUACCGAACAUACCCUAUACGCUCCUCGACUAUGCCGGUCGCCGCCUUAUCAUAUCCAUGAACUCGCAGCUUCAUGGCAUGUUCUUCCUCGCAGAAUCGCCCUGGGCUACCGCCGGCGACGUUGCGGUUCCCCCUACUGAGCUGACCUGCUACCGGAGGAACCUAUUCCAGAUAACCGGAACGAUUACGGUACCACGGGGCAUUCAAAUAUUAUUGACAGAGCAAGGCGAACAUAUACCUAUAAUCGGGCUGGAACUUGCAAUAUCCGCUACCGAAUCUCUGGAGGGAAACCCUGUGAAAAUCAUAUCAGUGCCUUGGAAGACUCCAGCGAGCAGUACGACAGCAGUGGAGGACAAGACCGAGAAGGAACCACCGUCGUAUCCUUUGGACCUAUCCCAAGGCCAGGACAUGGACUCGGAAUACGUCAAUUUUCCAAUCAGCUGGAAGAGACUACAAUUCCGCAUUGCCACGGCAAACAAUGGACGGAGAAAGGAGCUACAGCAGCACUUCGUCGUCCGGCUCAAGGUUCUUGCGACGCUCGCCACAGGAAUGAAAGCGCCAAUCUGUGAGGUACACUCGGGCGCCAUAAUAGUUCGCGGCCGCAGUCCCAGAAACUUCCAGUCCCGUAAAGAUCUCCCCAUUAGCGGUGGGGGCAAUCCGCGCAAAGCUUCACACCUACCGCAGCCAUCACGAACGCCUACCAACGAUACCAAUCAGUCUGCCAACCACAGCAAUGCCCAGGGCAACAGUACCGCUACAAGUAAGCCUAUGGAUUCAUUGCAGCUACCCUUCGAUUUCACUCCAAACGAUCUACCGGUAUCCCCUGACUUCCUGGACUGGAAGAUACCGACAACACAAGCAAUGACGGUGGUUCCGGACACCCCAUCCUUCCAGCAUCCGGCGGCCACCCCGUAUGCGCAGUCGACACCAGAGAUUACGAGAAACACAUUACCCCAGCGAUCUUCGGCAGCCCCGGUGUCGUUGUCUCUGACGGACGACGAGCCGAAGAAAUCAAUGUCGCCGUCCGAGCCGGAGAGAAAGAGGGCAACCCCUCAUAGGCCUCCCUCGUUCUCCCUUAAUCUUAUCAACAGCCCAGAUGAGAGUGCAGACCUUUUGUAUGAAUACUUCCCACUGGGUCUUGAUGACUGGAUGCCACCGGUUGAUGCUGUAUAUCGACCACAUGUUGUACAUCACACAAACCUGCCACAGGAUCCCAAAGCCAUCGCCGUGAAGAACAAAUCAAAGCGAUACUUUUCCGAUACCUGGUGAUUGUGACAGAAAUUC